AUGGCUUCUUCACUGGCCAAACCGAACGACAAAGGCAAGAUCAAGAUAAAGAUCAAGAUCCGUGAAGACUCUGACACCCCAGAUUUCGUGUCCACUCAUAUUAACCUCAAACGUACUACCGCAGAACCACUAGACCGGGAAGUAAUUCUACGGCGCAUACGCCAACGCAGACGCGCAAACAAGGUUAGAUCAGUGUUCCAACUAUUGUUUGGUUUGCCGUUUUUAAGCAAAAAACAAGAUGGUAGUGCCGACCACGAUCCCAAUGAUGCUUAUACAGCGCCUUGA